AUGUCGGCGAGCAUGGACCUUGCGCAAGAUAAAAAGUCUCUUCCCAGGGAAGAGGAAGAUGCUGACAUGAAUGAUGUGGACGUGGAUGGCUUCAUUGAUACAUAUGCGGAAGACUCUUCAUCCUCCUACGCCCCGUCAAUAGCCUCUGCUUCCCCGUCUAAGCGGAAGAGAGUGCAAGAACAGCCAGUGCCACCUCCCAAUGAGGAGAGGCCUAGCAAACGAAAGCCACAUGCUGGUGCUGAAGACGCUGGUGAACAUGACCCAGCAGAUGUCUUUCCACUAGACCAGCGGCUCAAAAGGCGAAAACUAUCAUACAAUGACAAGUACAGAGAACUUCUGAACACAGUCAUUGAAGACGCCACUUCAUAUUCUCUGCUUGAUCAUGAUCAACCACGCUCAGAUCUUCCCGCCGGCCAGAUUGGAGCAACAUCUUGGACCUCAGAAGAGAAAGAAUCAUUCUUCAAUGCAUUAGCACGGCUAGGCCGGGACAACAUCAGAGGCAUCGUAACCGCCAUCAAGACAAAAUCUGAAGUCGAAGUGCGGGCCUACUUGCAACUGCUCCAUGCCGGGUUUCUCGAAAUCCACACCUACAGCAAUCAGAGAAAAUGGCUAGCAAUGACAGAUUUCCCUGCAGCCUAUGAGAUUGGCGAAGAAUGCUGUUCACACCUUGACGAUCUCAGCGCAUCUGUUUCCAAGUACCAGGAACGAGCAGAAGCCCGUCUCGAAAAGCAACGGUGGCCAUCUGUGCCCCUGCUGACUCAAGACGUGGCGCAAUGGCUAGACACGCGCUGGGCAGAAGGAGACGAAGGACGACAAGAAGUGCACAGUAUUCUGCCUGCAGCGACACUAUUCCGUCCAAGCACGUGGCUGAAGCUAUCCAAGGAGAUAUUCAUGAACCCUGCUGCGCCCCGAGAGGAGGACAACUGGCGUAAUCUUACACCCGGCAACGACACCAACAGCGAAACCCCAUCUAUCCAAACCACUGCCUUUGCAGACUUCUAUACUCUGGCAGUCAGCCUCACGCAGCGACUCGUCCAGACGGUUAUUUUCCAAGCCAUGUCCCGGCUUCGAGCCAGAGGGAGAGGAAAGGCCAAUCGCCAACCCAUGGUCAAGCGCAGCGACGUCAAAUCAGCACUGAAAGUGCUCGGGAUGAAGCCGGACUCCAAACGCUUCUGGGCAACCGCGGCUAGAAGGAACAAUAUCCUCGUCUACGAUCAUGACAGGUCUCCGAGUGCAAAGUACAUGACCUACGCAGAAGUAGAAGCACAACUGGGCGAGGAGGUAGAAGACGCCGAGGAAUGUCAUUAUUCUAAAGCGGAAAAAGACAAUUUCGACGGCGAGGCAGCAGACGCAGAAUCAGAAUCCGACGAACCCGACGAGGCUGAUAUAUCGGACAUAUCAGGUGCUGGAGCCGAAAUUGAAACAAAACACCACACGCCCACUACCAAUCCAAAAUCUCUUCCACUUCCCAGUACCUUCAUUUUCUCUGAUGCAGAAGAAGAAGACACCGACGCUCCACUGCCUUAUUCGCGCCGUCGACAGCGCGAGAUCGCUCGCCUCCGCCUCGAGCAACAGCAAGACGAGUACGCCGAGGCAUUCGAUCGCAAAGCGGGACUACUUGAAGAAGAGCGGCUCUGGGAGGUUAUCGGAUGCCGUCCAUCAACUGUAAUCAAGUCGGAAGAAAUGGAACUACCCGAUCCGCCUAUGCGCAACAUGAAGAAUCCCGAAGAUCUACUCGACUGGCGAGACCGCGUCGAGUAUGUUAGUCCCUGGGAGGUUUUCUCUAAGCCUGUACCCUCUGAGGCGUUUCGUGCAAGAUCAAAGACUUUGGGUGUUUCGAGGUCUGCGUCUGCGCGUGCGACUUCCUCAGUGGGCCGUGGUCGUCGUCCCUCUUCCGGUACGAGGAAAGGAUUUGCUACAGUCACGUGGGAGGAGGACCAGGACCAGGACACAGAUACGGAUAUGGAUCUAGGAGUGGAAGCACAUCGGGACACAAGCCAAGAUGCAGACGAAGACGCAGGUGCAAAUAGUCACGAGGGUGGGGAGGAGGAGGAUGACGAUAAAGAUGAAGAUGAGGAAGGUGAGAGCGAAGGACAAGAAGAAGACGAGGAUACCGAGCAUCAAGGGCAAAACCAAGUGUGA